ACAAAAUCCAUCUAAAUAAUAUCCCCACCAAACCCCUCUCUUAGUACAAAAUAAAAAGACAAAAAAAAUCUAAGGCAAGAAAGAAAAAGAAGGUAACCUACCAAAUCUCUUUCACCCACAAAACACAAAGAUACAUAAUUACAUUACACCAACUUGGUCAAAGUCACUUCCUUUUUAUAACACCUCUCUUUAGAUCCUACUCUCACUCUGUCUCAUCACCCACAUGUAACCAUCAUCAUCAUCAUCAUGGGAAGAUCACCAUGUUGUGAAAAAGCUCACACAAACAAAGGAGCAUGGACUAAAGAAGAAGAUCAACUUCUGAUUGAUUACAUACGUACUAAUGGUGAAGGCUCUUGGCGUUCUCUUCCUAAAUCCGCCGGGUUGUUGCGGUGUGGAAAAAGUUGUAGAUUAAGGUGGAUUAAUUAUCUUCGCCCUGAUCUUAAACGUGGAAAUUUCACUGAUGGUGAAGAUCAAAUCAUUGUUAAACUUCAUAGUAUAUUCGGCAACAAAUGGUCUUUGAUAGCUGGGAAAUUACCGGGAAGAACAGAUAAUGAGAUUAAAAACUAUUGGAACACUCAUGUAAAGAGAAAGCUUCUUAGCCAUGGGAUUGACCCAAAAACUCACCGUUCGAUCAACGUAUCCAAAACGACACCGUUUCAUACUCGAAACGAAGAUGUGAAGUCCACGUUUCCUGAUCAUAACGGUGUCAUUAAAUUAAAAACGGAGACUUCAUGUGAAAACGGUGCUUCUACGAGCGGUACAACUAUAGACGAGGAUCUACGGUUAAAUGUUGAGUGUGAUUACAGUUAUGAUCACGUGGACAAGGAGCUAAACUUGGACCUAACUCUCGGGUAGGGCCGCCUCGCGUUGUUGGAUCGGAUCUUGUAACUAGCUCGUGGGUUGUGCAUGACGUCUGUGUUUGUAAAUUGGGAUCACAUUAACCUUGUGUGAAUUGCCAAACGGCUAAACGGGUUAUUUAAUGAUUAUUAACUUCAAAACAAGGUGUUUCUUUUUUUGAAGUUGUGUGCACCAAACACACUAGUUUAGCUCCUUGUCCAAGUGAUAGAAACGGUUUACACACUAAGUGGCGAUCUUAAAAAAUAGCAUGCCGGAGAUAUAUGAUGACAAUGGAGUCUUUAGCGUUUUUAGAGUCCUACUUAUCUAUUGUAUCUAGGCCCGGUCCGCCACACAUACCCAAUAUACAAAUGUA